AUGAUGGCAGCCGUGUUCGACACGGUCCCUCAAGUCCUGACGCUGGGGCUCUAUCUCCUCAUCCUGGCAUGUCUUGCUCGAUUGUUAAUGCUGCUGAGCAAGCGCUCCUUCCCCGCCAAUGCCCCCAAAUUUGUCCCAGGAUACCCGGUCGUGGGAGCCCUCCGGUUUUUCUUCGAUCGGGAGCGCUUCUGUCACGAGAGCAUGACUGCCUCUCCCACCGGGAACUACAGCUACUAUCUCGGCCAAAACCGCGUCGUGGGCCUAUCGGGUCCGCAGGGCCGCAAGACCUUUUUCGAGAGCCGGGAUCUCGAUCUGGACCAAGGGGUCAACCUGUUCGCCGCUUUCGGCACUGCAGUAGAGCGAGGCUCCGAUCCAUCCGAUGAGACGCACGAUUCGUACCUUCGGACAUCCGGCGCACGGCGUUUCUGCGCACCGAGAACCUCGAUGGCUCGAAUACGCCAGGAAGUAGACCAAGUGGUAGCGAACUAUCGAAAGGGAAAACAGUCCACGGAGCAAGUCCUGCAAACCCUGGAUCUGCAUGCCUGGGAGCAGGAGUUUCCGCUCAUCGACGCCUGUCUUCUGGAGACCACCCGGAUGCGCGGUGGGUCGUUUUUGUUUCGUAAAAACAUCAGUCGCACAGACAUGCCGAUUGGGGAUACAGGCGAGGUUAUACAAGCGGGAGCCUAUGUAACUUACCACUCUGAUGAAACGCACAUGGACCCGAGUAUCUACCCUGAUCCGCUACGCUGGGAUCCGGGACGCUUCUUGUCAGAUCGUGCGGAACAUCGGAAAGAAUUCAUGGGAUAUGUUGGCUUUGGCCUGGGACGUCGGACAUGUCACGAAGGUUGCGUUCCUGUUAAGUCGAUUCUGGAAUAUACGGAUGUGGAGAUGAAGUGUGUUGCGCUUUUGUGA